AUGGUUGCUCCAUUGAACCUAAAACAAGAACAAUCAUCAACACGACCACCCCGCUUCAAUGGCCAGUUCUAUAGCUGGUGGAAAACAAGGAUGCACGACUACUUAAUGGCUGAUGACAGUGAGCUAUGGGACAUAGUGUUGGAUGGACCCUUCAUCCCUACCACUGAAGUGAAGAAUGGCGAAAUAACCAAAAUUGUUCCAAAGACUCGGAAACAGUACAACGAGGCAGACAGAAAGAAGAUCGAGAAAAGCUACAAAGCUAAAAAGUUGCUAGUAUGUGGUAUUGGUGUUGAAGAGUACAAUCGCAUCUCUACGUGUGAGUCUGCAAAGGAAAUCUGGGACUGUUUAAGGACUGCUCAUGAGGGAACAGAGCAGGUGAAAGAAUCAAAGGUGGACAUGCUGACCACUCAAUAUGAAAACUUCACCAUGAAGGAAGGAGAGACCAUUCAUGAAAUGCAUACUAAACUCUCUUCCAAAACCAAUGAGCUACGAAGUCUGAGUGAGCCUAUCAGCACUAGUAAGCAAGUUAGGAAGGUUCUUCGAAUUCUUCCUAAGUCCUGGGCAAGCAAAGUAGAUGCUAUUACUGAAGCCAAGGAUUUGAAGGUUUUGGCAAUGGAUGCUCUCAUUGGAAACCUCAAGACCUAUGAAAUGAACAGAAAUCAGGACAUCUCAAAGAAGGAAGCCAAGAAAGAUAAGUCCUUAGUUCUCAAAAUCACACCAGGUGAAACUUUAAGUGAAGAGGGUGACAUGGCCUAUCUGACCAAGAUAUUUCAGAAAAUUGUGAGAAAGUAUGGAAGGUUUAGAAAAGAAGGGAAUCCUCGUAGGACUGCAUCUGCUAGUGACAUUUGUCACAAGUGUGGAAAGGCAGGUCACUUCAUAAGAGAUUGCCCAAUGCUUAAAGCAGAAAACAAAGAGUAUCAAAGACCUAGAGGUGAAAAAGAUAAGAGGAGGGACCUGGUACCUGACAAGAAUGCAAGAAAAGUUGCAACUGACUAUGUUGUGAAGAAAACUCUUGCUGCUUUAGGGGACUCCUCAAGUGAGUCAGGAGAGUCAGAAUACUAUGAUGACGCAUCAAUGCUGGCAGUUCAAGAUGAUGCUAACGUGUUUGAUGGGUUGUUCGCCCUCAUGGAAAAAUCAAAUGACGAGGACUAUGAAGAUAAGGUAACUCUCCUCGACAUUAAACAAAACUUGAACUCUUAUUGUGUUAGAAGGUUGAGGAAUCUAGCAAAUGUUUUGAUUGAGUCUGUAAUAGAGUUAACCACUGAAAAGGACUGUAUGAACAUUAGUCUAGAUAUUCUUAGUGAAGAAAAGACAGUAACAACUAUUCACAUAUCGCUCAUUGAGGAACAUUUGACAGUUCUAAAAGUUGAAAAUCUAGAACUUAAAAAUCAACUGAGCAUAAUGAUUGAGAAUUUUGGGAAAAGAAAAGGGAAGGCCACUAGUUUGCAAGCAGAGCUAGAAGCAAAUCUGAAUACUGCUGAGACCAAACUUGCUCUAGCCUUGGAAAGAAAUGAUCAAAUGGAGAGGGACCUGGUGAGUGAAGGAAGCAGAAAUCAGUGCUGGUUCAUGGACAGUGAAUGCUCGAAGCACAUGACUAGAAACACCAAAAACUUUCUUUCACUCAAAGCACUUCAAGGCGGAGUUGUCUCUUUUGGCGAUGGAAAAAGAAGGUAUAUCCUUGGAGUUGGCAGGGUUGAAAAAUCUCUUGAAAGCUCUAUUGAAAAUGUGUAUUAUGUGAGUGGGUUAAAGUACAGUCUUCUUAGUGUUUCUCAGAUAUGUGAUAAGGGAAACGAAGUCAAUUUCACAUCAGAAAAUUGCAUCGUCACUAGUUUGUCUACCAGGAAAGUGAUCUUAACGGCCAGAAGGCAGAAAAACAUGUAUGUGGCAGCAGUGGAAACAGUUCAUGGAGACGAUCAGACAAGCCUAAGUGCUCAAAGUGCAAAUGCAGACUUAUGGCAUAGGAGACUAGGUCAUGUGAGCUCGUAUUUACUGAACAAACUGGUUUCUAGGGACCUGGUCCGUGGCUUGCCAAAAUUGAAAUUCAGCUAG